AUGCAUGGAGCUGCACAUACAUGGAUAACAGGAAGCAGCAUCAGCUGUCUUCACAGACAUGCUGUCAAAAUACUUAAUCAAGACACACUAUCAGUUGAAACAGUUGAAACGGCAGGUUACAACAUCUCGAGAAACUGCCUCCUCCGUCCGCCUUUGGAAGCUGAUUCAGAUGCGCCGAUAACGGUAGCACAAGAGCGUCGUGAGGCACGCUACCAAAAACUGAGUGCUAUCAAAAGCACAUAUGCUGUCGUAGAAGCUGCCGCCACCUCGCUGGCUAAAGUUGACACAGAUGAAGCAAUGGAACAGCUGGAAGAGAUCUUGUGCUACCUGCAACUCGCAGCAGGAAUAGCACAACCUCCAUCGUCCAGUUCAUUGGCCGUUCUCCCAGAGUUGGCACAAAUUGGGGGCAAGCCGCAGUUGACGAAAGCAAAGUUAUCGAUAUCAGCUGUGAAUCAAAUGCCGGAGAGGAACUGA